ACAAUCUACUUGAUCACCAUCAUCUCUCGUCAUCUCCAAUCACAGGAAAAAAUGGCGACUAGCCCUUUCGUCUUCGUUCCUUUCCUUCUCCUCCUCUUCACCACCUCUCUUUCUGAAGCAACCCGUCAAAACCCAUCAGGCGAUGCCGGUGUCGAUCCCGGGUUUGGCGGUUACUUCGGACCCGGAUCCGGGUUCGGAGGAAUACCCGGGUUCGGGAACGGGUGGAGCGGCGGAUACGGUGGUGGAUACGGGGGUCCGAGCGGUGGGUACGGGAAGGGAGGAGUGAUCAGGCCGACGGUGGUUUGCAGAGAAAAGGGUCCUUGUUUCGGUAAGAAGCUGAGGUGUCCGGCCAAGUGCUUCUCCUCUUUCAGCCGCUCCGGCAAGGGCUAUGGAGGCGGCGGCGGCGGCGGAGGAUGCACUAUGGACUGUAAGAAGAAGUGUGUGGCCUUUUGUUAGAUACAGACACACACACACAUAUAUAUAUAUGUAGUCAUGAUGGUAUGUUGUAGUAUGUGUUUAUGGUAUUGUAUUAGAGGUUUUAUGAUGUUGUCAUCUGAGGGAUAUAUAUAUAUAUAUAUCUAUGUACACGCAUGGGGAGUUUGUGUCUCCCUCUGUUUUGUAGCACUUUGUUUACGUAUGAAUAAAAGGGACAUUCGCGUUUAUGAGUUA